UAGUGGCCCAACUCUUUUAUUGUACAAGUGAGUACCUGCUGCUACACACAGUGGAAGAAUAGAACACCAUGACAACCGACGUAUUCAUGCUGUGUGUACUCUAGCUAGUACACACCCACAAAUACAUACAACCCUGCACACGACAUAGAGAUCGGAGUAAAUAUGUUUGGUUACUUUGCAGGAUCAUAAUCGUACCAGAUUUGCAUGCACGUAAGGUAAGCAAUGCCACAUUUAAUUUGGAUGAAACCUGUUGACAACAUGUAUGUAGUGACUGAUGCCUGCUAUGAGAUCAUAAAUAGAAACAUUGAACUGUUUAAUUGCUAUAACUAUUUAGUCAUUUAGCAAAUGCUUUGAUCCAAAGCAACUUAAAGUGAAUUCAAAAACAUGUCAUUAAGAAGCUGAUAGGGGUUCGGCAUCUUUUUCUAGGAUAUGUGGCAUUGAGGAUCAAACCCAUUGCUUUCGUUGGUUUUACUAUCAGGGCCCCAGGAUAGCAUCAGAGAAAUAUAUAAUUAGUCAGGUUUCAUUUGAUAUGAAAGUUAGCCAAUUGUUGUUGACUUGUGAUUGAAGACUUGAAAUUGGCAGUGAAACCAAUGAAUGAACAGCCUAAGGAGUGUCCCAGGGACAGAAUGCUGACCGAAAAUGCCCGCCAGGCACACCUGUUACGUGCACGUCAACACCAAGGGCUGUUCUCACGUCCACGGACCUAUGGGGAACACCCUUCUAUCGCAGCGUUGCUGCUUUAUCCAGACACCCCCACCAAGAUGGAGACAACGUCGCACAUGGCGUUCUGCCAUAAGCCAGUCCCACUGCCAGAGAGAGGAAAGCUUUUGCACAGUGCCCUUAAGCUAAAUGGAGAGUCUGCACAUAGUUCUACCGCACCAAGAACCGUGCCACCCACUGGCCAAACGACAAAGAGCAGGGCCACAAAUACAGGACAGCUCAGGGGUGGAGGGAGUCAGAAUCCAGAGGCAGAGGACUUUGUUGUGGGCAACAGAAAUGCAAAACAAGAGCCAGACACAGAGGAGACGAUGAAGUCACUGUACCAAAAAGACUUCCCUCCUCCUCUUUCUCAACAUCUGUGUAGAAGGAGGACACCUGUUCAUCCACAGCCAGACAACAUCGCCAUCAACCCCUCGCUCAGGAUUGAUUUUUCCACCGUCCAGAGAGAGACCUAUCCUGGUUGGCCCAUCACCAAGAUCAGCAAUCGCGGCAGAAAGAGUGAAACCUCGACCAGACGAGCAAACACCAGUUGUUAAGUGAUAAUGGGUAGUACAUCCAUCAAUACCAAGCCUCAGAAAGAGGCACUGAAACAUUCGGAAAAACAAAUAGAUUAACUAGAAAUGUUUACAUUUCACUUGAUCAAAACCUUAAUGUUGGCUUUCUCUUUGAUAAUUAACUAAUAGGAAUCCAGUUGCUUAAUCUAACAAUUAUUUUACAUAUUUUACUUUAUCAGACAUGCAACCAAGAAAAACGAAACUAUUACAUUUAUAAUGAACCAUGACCCCAAUAUUUUUAUAUAACUAUAACAUUAAGCUGCAGAUGUUUGUUAUUUGUACGACUAUACCGUUUAUUAAAAUCCAAUUUGAUUAAUCAA